AGCUAAGAUCUACAUAACUUGGUGCAUAUGUCCGAAUGACAGCUGCGCAAGACCUAUUCUUGAUUGUAUCAAAAUUUGCAAAUUGGUCUUUAUUAAACGUAGUUCUUACUGGAUGGUCAAUAUUUGUGUUCGUAAUUCAUGAGCCAAACAUAUCCUUUGGUUCGAUACAGGAUACGUAUUGUUUUACUCAGUGUGGUAACAGUUUAAAGCAAUGCAAAUAUUCUACACGGAAAAGCGUAAUAAUUGAAGCUGAAAAGAAAAGGAAGAAGAAAAGAUGCCAUUCCAACUAUACGACGCUUAAUCUUGUAGUCAAAUCUGGAAAUCUUCAAAUUUAAUUUAGUGCGGCUGGACUGUGUUUUAAAACGUUUCUCUGCACUUUUACUGAACCGUGUUAUGGCUAAGUAAACUGUGGCUCAAUGUGACCAUAAUUUAUCGCUAUAAAUCCACAUCGAGUUACAGCAUUGAACGACAGUGUUCCAGCGUGCUAAAUCAAACAAAGGACAUACGCGUACACCAAGAAGAUUUAAAAAAUGCUUAAAGGUCGACGGACGCGUAAUGCUGAAAAGAUUUCUGCCAAACCUGUUCAUGAUGACACUGCCAGCCCAAAGCGUAAGGAUAUUAAAUACGCAUCUAAAGACAAUAACGACAACGUUAAAACGGCUCAACAGAUAAGUCCCAUUACUGCUAAGCUUCAUGUGGUGGAGCCUAUGAAGCUUCGUGGUGGUCGUGCAAAAACAUCGGACAUAUCACAAUAUUUGGAAAAAAAAGCUUCAAAUCCUAAAAUUAAAGAUGUCAUAACGUGUAUACCUCUACCGCAAACUGAGGAUCAAAUAAUCGACAUUACAAAUGAAAAUGCGGAUAACUCUUUCGAGGUGCAAUUGCUAGAUUCACCUGCUUCAGAAAUAAGAGACGAAGUAAUUGACACCAAACAAUCAAUUAAUAAUAACAUAUUUCUACAGGAACCAGUGUUAAGCUUAAAUUUCGCUAAAGUAUCGAACGCUCAAAACCAUACAUUUACAAUGAUGCACAAUUCUUUUCUAACAAGCUCAGAAAUAAAAAGUGAUCCCUUUUCAUCAUCAUUGCAACCAAAGAUAAACUCAUUCUGGAAGGUCAACUGUUUGAAAAGCUCUGAAGAACACAAAAAAACAUCAAUUACAAAUGUUGAACAGCACGUACUAGAUCUCUCUAAACCGACACAGGUGACUCAGAUCGAUUCUACUACCACUGCGGAAAUUUUACUGCACGAUGGAGAAAAUUCUUGCGAUAGUGGUGACAGUGGCGUUGUUAUCCUAUCAGGAUCUGACGGAUCUGUUAUAACGAAGUCGCAUUCAAAUAACCAAUCCGAAUCGACAAUGAACAGUGACCAAACAGAAAAUUCUGAAAAACGAAAAAAACCAGCAACUCCUCAUCGAAUUCUGUGCCCCUCGCCUGCUAAAACUGCGAUAAUUUAUUUACAAAGUCCACCUGGAUUGUUAAAUGUGGCUUCUUCGGAUAACAGUCGUAUUAAAAGACGUACCGGGAUCAACAAAACUCGCAAAAGGUUGAUUGUUAAAGAUGAUGCAAAUACUAACGGACUACCCACAGAAGUGAAAGCAGAAUUAAAACCACAAAAACAAAAUGAUUCUGAAAGUGAAAUGAUUACUGCAAUAGAGCCGGGAGAGAAAAAACUCGUGCAAAAUCGUAAACUUAUUAUUGAACCCACAAAUGCUAAACAGACAACUGGUGGUAGUAAAAAAAUUACGGAAUUCUAUCCAAUUAGACGAAGUGUACGCAAAACAAAAAAAGAGGUACAAGUGGAACGGGACCGUGAUAUUGAACAAGCCAUUCGGGAAGGACGCGAAGAAGGACUGAAGAUCGAGCAUUUUGAAGGAAAGGGCCGUGGCAUUGUAACAACACGCCCUUUCUUUAAAGGCGAAUUUGUUGUAGAAUAUAUUGGCGACCUUAUAAGUGUUUCAGAAGCGAAACAACGAGAACAAAUAUAUGCAAAGGAUGAUAAUACUGGAUGCUACAUGUACUACUUCAGACACAAGAAUCUUCAACAUUGUAUUGACGCAACAGCAGAGAGUGGAAGGUUUGGGCGGUUAGUUAACCAUUCUCGAAAUGGUAAUUUGGUUACCAAAACUGUACCCAUUAAUAAUCGGCCACAUCUUGUUCUUAUUGCCAAAGAGGAUAUUGAAAAAGGUGCUGAAGUGACUUAUGAUUAUGGGGACCGGUCAAAAGAAGCAUUACAACAUUAUCCAUGGUUGGCAUUAUAAUUAAGCAUCAACAUGAAAGCGUAUGCUUGACUUAUUGAACCUAGUUAAUUUUUUUUUGCGAAAGGCCCUUAUUCUUAUUAGUUUGUAGCUUAUGUGUUUUCAUAAUAGUUUAUGUAUGUAAUGUAAUACAAAUUUGUGUACAUGUCUUUCUCGGUAUUUGCAAACAAAACGUUCAAAUGCAAGAUACUUAGGGAAUAAACGAUAAAUAAUAUGGCUCACUAACAAUCAUUUAAAUGUUUUUGAUUUAUGUAAGGUACUGCAAUUUAAGACUAGUUUUCCUUAGUUCUUUAAGGAAUACAAUAGUAACAGACUUCGAUAAACAGUCAAUCUAUAUAAAUCCUACAAACUAUAUUAAACAAAAUAUGUGGAUGGUCGCAUAA